AUGCGCUUCCUGGCUGGUUUAUUGACUUUGGCGACUUUGGCGUCGUCCGUUGUCGCUCAUGGCAUUGUAACUCAACCUCCAACUCGCACACUCGGGAGUGCCAUGAUUGCAGCUUGCGGUGAAGGUGCUGUCUCGGCUCAAAAAUCCAAUGUCAAGGGACCGAUUGAAAGCCAGAUUGCCAAGAUUGAUUCCAACUACAAGCCCGCGCAAUGCAAUCUCUUCUUGUGCCGUGGCCAACAGUUUGCUGACAACAAGGACAAAGUCCAAACCUACAAGACUGGUCAAGUCGUGAACAUUGUACUAGACAUUGAGAACCACCAUCCUGUUGGCUAUGCAAACGUAUCUGUUAUCGAUACUGCCACAAACAAGAUGGUUGGCAAGCCUCUGAUUGCAUGGGAUCCUUACUUUACUGGUUAUCCGUACCCUAAGGAUCAAGAGAACUUCAACGUCACUAUUCCAGAGCUCAGCGGCAAAUGCAAGACUGCCGGAGAAUGUGUUCUACAAUACCACUGGUACUCCCGAACGGACAGGCAGACUUACCAAAACUGCGUAGAUUUCGUUGUUUGA